GGGCCCCGAGCUGUGCCGCCUGGCUCGCCCGGGCCCCGCCAAGGCCGGUGUGUCCCCGCCUUCACGCAGGGAGACUCGCUCAAAACUCGCUGAACUUCAGGGACAGUCCCUGAAGCGUCCAAACUGUGAGGGUUGGCAGCCCUAUCCAAGGGUCCCCAUCCCAGGCAGCGCUCCUGGACACCCUCUCCUCACCGAGCACCCUGAGGACACGUGCCUGGACCCCAAGGGCCUCUGGGGACCCGGACGGAGCUGACGGUCCCUAGCCCUUUGCCAGGCCACCAUGCUUAUGAGGAAAGCGCCCGGCUUCGUCCCGGCCUCCCCGUGGGGGCUGCGGCUGCCACAGAAGUUCCUUUUCCUUCUCUUCCUCUCGGGCCUCGUCACCCUGUGCUUCGGGGCCCUCUUCCUGCUGCCCCACUCCUCUCGCCUCAAGCGCCUCUUCCUGGCCCCCCGGACCCAACAGCCUGGCCUGGAGAUGGUGGCAGAAAUCGCUGGCCAUCCCCCAGUCCGCGAGCGGGAGCCUCCCCCCAACCCGGCUCCCGCAGCUCCGGCCCCGGGUAAGGAUGACCACAACAGCCGGGUCAAACCUCACCGCAGGAAAGGGUGGCUGCGGCACACCCGCCCCACCGGGUCCCGGGAGGAGGCCACGGCGGCCCUCAGGCCGGGGGACGACAACGUCCUGUUUAGUUUUGACUUUAACGCGUUCCGGAGCCGCCUCCGCCAUCCAGUCCUGGGGACAAGGGCCAAUGAAAGUGAGGAGCCCCAGGGUCGCGUGCGAGCCCAGAGGGAGAAAAUCAAGGAGAUGAUGCAGUUUGCCUGGCAGAGCUAUAAGCGUUAUGCGAUGGGGGAAAACGAGCUCCGUCCACUAACGAAGGAUGGCUACGAGGGUAACAUGUUUGGGGGCCUCAGUGGGGCGACGGUCAUUGAUUCCCUCGACACCCUCUACCUCAUGGAGCUGAAGGAGGAGUUCCAAGAGGCCAAGGCCUGGGUUGAAAAGAGCUUCCACCUGAACGUGAGUGGUGAAGCAUCCUUGUUUGAGGUGAACAUCCGCUACAUUGGAGGACUCCUCUCAGCCUUCUACCUGACUGGAGAAGAGGUGUUCCGCAUAAAGGCCAUCAAGCUCGGAGAGAAACUCCUGCCAGCCUUCAAAACCCCCACAGGAAUCCCAAAGGGUGUUGUGAGCUUCAAAAGUGGGAGAUGGGGCUGGGCCACAGCAGGCAGCAGCAGCAUCCUGGCAGAGUUCGGAUCCCUGCACUUGGAAUUCUUACACCUCACCGAGCUCUCUGGCAACCAAGUCUUCGCUGAAAAGGUUAGGAACAUCCGCAAGGUCCUCAGGAAGAUUGAUAAGCCCUUCGGCCUCUACCCCAACUUCCUCAGCCCAGUGAGCGGGAACUGGGUGCAACACCACGUCUCGGUUGGAGGACUCGGGGACAGUUUUUAUGAAUAUUUGAUCAAAUCCUGGUUGAUGUCAGCCAAGACAGAUAUGGAGGCUAAAAAUAUGUACUACGAAGCCUUGGAGGUAGUUCUACCCCAUCCCAGCACACCGCUAACCAACACCUUGGCCGAGGGGUCCAGGCAAUUGAAAUCUCUUCUGAAGCAGGAGGUGGAAGGUCUGACUCAGGCCUUCCGAUUGGCUCUUCCCCCAGAUACGAAACUGGGUCCCGAGGCCUUCUGGUUUAACUCCGGCAGAGAGGCGGUGGCCACCCAACUGAGCGAGAGCUACUAUAUCCUCCGGCCCGAGGUGGUGGAGAGCUACAUGUACCUGUGGCGGCAGACCCAUGACCCCAUCUACAGGAAGUGGGGCUGGGAAGUAGUGAUGGCCUUGGAGAAAUACUGUCGGACAGAAGCCGGCUUCUCUGGGAUCCAAGAUGUGUACAGUAGCUCUCCCAACCACGACAACAAGCAGCAGAGCUUCUUUCUAGCGGAGACACUAAAGUAUCUCUAUCUUCUGUUCUCUGAAGAUGACGUGCUCUCCCUGGAAGACUGGGUGUUCAACACUGAGGCCCACCCGCUCCCUGUGAACCACUCAGACAGCUCUGGCAGGACACAGGGUAGGCAGUGACCCCAUCUCCCUGCCGCCACAGGGAUGCCUUGUCUUUUGGGGAUUUGGGACUGUCACACAGUUCAAAGGGAUUGGGAACAUAGGUCCCAUCUCGGGUAGACCCCGAGCAGAUGUGUCAGACAAGCAACUUUUCCUCUGUGAGGAGUCUGGACUUGGAGAUGCAGCAGUGUCAGAUAAGGGCCAUGGUCACAAUAGGCCCAGACAUUCCUUCUACAGAGAAUUUUAUGAAGCCCACUCAACUUGCCAUUCCAGGGCCAAAGGACCGGAGGUUUGCAUAUCUACCCACAUAUUUGAUUUGCUUCCUUUUGUUUGGGGGGGUUUUGUUUUUGCUUGAUUUUGCCUUUUCUCUACAACUGAGUUUUGUCAUAAUUAUUUAGUUUUCAAAAUCAUGUGCUUUCUAAAACAGUGUUAUCCUAAUAAAUACACCCACCAAAUCUUGACCCCAUUAUCUAUAUUUUAAAUGCCUUUUGCCCCACAUUUACUCCAUGUCCAGCUAUGUGUUAUUUACCUUUUAAUUUGAGGAGGGGGUCCCUUUUGAUUUGGGCCUACGUGUUACAAAUCACUAGUGCUAUUUUCAUUAUUGUAAUGGAGAAAUCUGUGAACUAGAAUAAAAGAAUUUAUUGAAUAAGAAA